AUGGGCCUUCAAAAUGUUGACGGCCUUGACAGGGUAUUUGGUCUCGCCCUUGCCGUUGGUGGUCUUGACAGCCAGGAUGGCAUCAACCACCAUCUGACUGAAAAAGUCCGAGUCAGGUCCAAUGAUCUUGGAAGACAUGGACGUCUUUGCAAUAUUCACAAGGGUUUCCUUUCCGAGCGCGUCAACGGGUUGCGAAAGCACCUCGUUGAUGAAUCUGGUAGACUCCUUCAACGCCAAACGGUAUCCAGUGAUCACGGUUGUUGGGUGGAUCUUAUUUUUCACCAACUCGUUGGCUCUCUUCAAGAGUUCGGAGGCAAUGAUCACAACAGAAGUGGUUCCGUCACCGACUUCACGAUCCUGUUGAUAAGCCAGCUCCACCAGAAUCUUUCCAGCCGGAUGCUGCACGUCCAAAAGGGACAAGAUGGUCGCGCCGUCGUUGGUAACCGUGACAUCACCAAUAUCGUCGACGAGCAUUUUGUCAAGUCCCACUGGACCCAGGGACGAUUUCACCACAUUGGCAACGGCCUGGGUUGCCAACACGUUUUGGUUACGCACGUCAUCGCCACUGAGCUUUUCUCCGCCCAAAAACAGGGUGUCAGAACGCGCUGUAGAGAACAUUGA